GGGUGGGAGCCGCGCCGCCGACCCCGGGCGGGCGCCGGGGCUGGAGCCGGGGUUCCGGCCGCGAUCGGCUGCAGCUCGGCCGGGAGACGGCGCGACCCGGCGGCGGGGCCACCGGCGAGUCCAGCGCCGCCGCAGCCCCCCAAUGCGGCCGCGAGAAGCAGCGGUGGGGGGGCCGGCGAUCGAAGUCACUAGAAAGCAUCAUCUCCUAAGACCGGCAUUCGUGUGAUGAUGGAGGCCUGUCUGUCCUUUCCGUGACUGGAGCAAUGCUGACCUCGGUUUCCUGGACCCAUUCCGACUCAGGAGCCUUCACAUAAAUGGGUCCCGUCAUGCCUCCCAGUAAGAAGCCAGAAAGCUCAGGAAUUCGCGUCUCCAGUGGGCUGAGUCAGUGUUACCGGGGCGGUGGUUUCUCCAAGGCCCUGCAGGAGGACGAUGACCUCGACUUCUCUCUGCCUGACAUCCGAUUAGAAGAGGGGGCCAUGGAAGAUGAGGAGCUGACCAAUUUGAACUGGCUUCACGAGAGCAAGAACUUGCUGAAGAGCUUCGGGGAGUCAGUCCUCAGGAGUGUCAGCCCUGUCCAGGACCUGGACGAUGACACCCCUCCAUCCCCUGCCCACUCUGACAUGCCCUACGAUGCCAGGCAGAACCCCAACUGCAAACCCCCCUACUCCUUCAGCUGCCUCAUAUUUAUGGCCAUCGAGGACUCUCCAACCAAGCGCCUGCCAGUAAAGGAUAUCUACAACUGGAUCUUGGAACAUUUUCCGUAUUUUGCAAAUGCACCUACUGGGUGGAAAAACUCAGUGAGACACAAUUUGUCUUUGAAUAAGUGUUUUAAGAAAGUGGACAAGGAGAGGAGUCAGAGCAUUGGGAAAGGGUCAUUGUGGUGCAUAGACCCAGAGUAUAGACAAAAUCUAAUUCAGGCUUUGAAAAAGACACCCUACCACCCAUACUCACACGUGUUCAAUACACCUCCUGCCUCUCCUCAGGCAUAUCAAAGCACAUCAGGUCCACCCAUCUGGCCGGGCAGCACCUUCUUCAAGAGAAAUGGAGCCCUUCUGCAAGCACGGACAACUGCAGAGAGAGGAACGUGCAGAACGAUACCAGCUGACUGGGUGGGACAUGGGCUAUUCCAGUUGAAAGAUCCUGACAUUGAUGCUGCCAGUGCCAUGAUGCUUUUGAAUACUCCCCCUGAGAUACAAGCAGGUUUUCCUCCAGGAGUGAUACAAAAUGGAGCUCGGGUUCUGAGCCGUGGGCUGUUUCCUGGAGUUCGGCCUUUGCCAAUCACUCCCAUUGGAAUGACGGCAGCUGUGAGGAACGGCCUCGGAGGCUGCCGGCUGCGGACUGAGAGCGAGCCGUCGUGCGGCUCCCCGGUGGUCAGCGGCGACCCCAAGGAGGAUCACAACUACAGCAGUGCCAAGUCAUCCAACGCCCGGAGCACCUCGCCGGCCAGCGACUCGGUCUCCUCCUCCUCGGCCGACGACCACUACGAGUUCGCCACCAAGGGGAGCCAGGAGGGCAGCGAGGGCAGCGAGGGCAGCUUCCAGAGCCACAGCGAGACGGAGGAGGACGACCGCAAACGCAGCCCCAAGGAAGCCAAGGACGCCCUGGGGGACAGCGGCUACGCGGCCCAGCACAAGAAGCGCCAGCACUUCGCCAAGGCCCGGAAGGUGCCCAGCGACACGCUGCCCCUCAAAAAGAGACGCACGGAGAAGCCCCCCGAGAGCGACGACGAGGAGAUGAAAGAGGCGGCGGGCUCACUCCUGCACUUGGCAGGGAUUCGGUCCUGUUUGAAUAACAUCACCAAUCGGACGGCAAAGGGGCAGAAAGAGCAAAAGGAAACCACAAAAAAUUAAAAACAAGUCACUGAUUUGUUUUGAACUUUCGGCCAUUUGGUUUUAGCAUGUCAGGAGAUUUCUAAUGAUUUGUGGCAAUAUCAGCAACUUAUUAUUGUUUUUUUCCUUUUUUGUUCUUUUCUCUUUUUUUCUUUUUCUUUCUUUUUUUUUUUUUUUUGGU